UGUCAGUUACUACAAUUUAGUAAGACACAUAUUUGCAGCAAUAACUCAAUACACAGAGUGGUGCAAUUCAUAAAUGGGUGUUUUUCACAUAUUUAUGAAUGCUGGUGUGCCCCAUAAUACCAUAAUUCCUCUUUCAAAUGGGUUGGUGUUCACUCUCAGUGUGAUGACGUCACAGAAGGUCAGAGUGAUUUAGUCUGAGGUCAUUUGACGUCUUAGAUUCGCCUGCCGCUGAUGCACCCAGGAGGCGCCGUUUCUUUACAAGCAACAAUAAACCCUGGUGAAAAUGUACCCAACCACCCUAACACAGCUGGCACGAUCGAAUCCUUUCCAGGCUCCUCUGUUCUCCGUUAAACCAGAUCAGCAAGAAGAGAGCCCGCAGAUAAAACGCAAACUUGCUGCAGCAGCUUAUGAUGAUGCAGAUGUGAGCUGUGAAUAUGGGUCGAAGAAAUAUUACCUCCUCUGCGGUUUCGGUGGGGUUUUGAGCUGUGGUCUCACACACACUGCAGUCGUGCCCCUCGACCUCAUUAAAUGCCGCAUUCAGGUGGACCCGGUUAAGUACAAAUCCAUCUUCAAUGGGUUCUCAGUCACCUUGAGAGAGGAUGGCUUUAGGGGUCUGGGCAAAGGAUGGGCCCCUACAUUCAUUGGUUACUCCAUGCAAGGCCUUUGCAAAUUCGGUUUCUAUGAAGUCUUUAAGUCCCUGUACAAUGACAUGCUUGGAGAGGAGAAUGCUUAUUUGUGGAGGACAUCAGUGUAUCUGGCCGCAUCUGCCAGCGCUGAGUUUUUCGCCGAUAUUGCACUGGCUCCUAUGGAAGCGUGCAAAGUGCGCAUCCAGACGCAGCCCGGCUAUGCUAACACCCUAAGAGAGUGCGCCCCCAAAAUGCAUGCUGAAGAAGGGCUAAAAGCGUUCUAUAAAGGUGUUUAUCCCUUGUGGCUGAGGCAGAUCCCCUACACCAUGAUGAAGUUUGCCUGUUUCGAGCGAACCGUGGAGACGCUGUACAAGUAUGUAGUACCAAAACCCCGCAGUGAGUGCUCCAAACCUGAGCAGCUGGUGGUGACCUUUGUUGCUGGUUACAUUGCUGGCGUGUUCUGUGCUGUGGUGUCUCAUCCUGCUGACUCUGUGGUGUCCGUACUGAAUAAAGAGAGAGGCAGUUCAGCGGUUGAGGUGGUGAAAAGGCUGGGACCUGUAGGUGUGUGGAAGGGUCUUUUUGCUCGAAUCAUUAUGAUCGGCACAUUGACCGCUCUGCAGUGGUUCAUCUACGACUCAGUGAAGGUGUACUUCCGUCUGCCCCGUCCACCACCCCCUGAGAUGCCCGAGUCCCUUAAGAGAAAGAUGGGCCUCCUGGACUACUAGACUCCUCCCUUAUCAACAGUAUCCUGAGUAACUAAACAAAGGCAAAGAUUUUUUCCACAUUCACAACUUGCAAUAAACUCCACACUCCCUGGAGUGUUUAUCAGUGUUGAAAGCGCUAUCAAAUGAUCACUAGGUUUUCCCAAUGUCACUGUAUGUCUGUAUGAAUAUUAGAGUAAA